AUGGCAGCGACUCCUUCCCACGGCCGCCUAAAGCUUACUCCUUCAAACUCUCCGUUCUUAGGUCGUCCGUCAAGGUCUUCCAGGUCGCCUAUGCGUGGUCGACCCCACGAUAACUCCAAGCUUUCCCUCAAGCGCGUCAUCGGUACUACCUGUUCCUCGCCUACAGGAUUCGAUACUCUCUCAUCCGCUUUUGCAUACAUUGCUGGCGGGGCUGUUGUUGUGGUGGAUGUCAAUGGCGAGAACCACUCUCAACGCUUUUACCGAGCUCGACCGACUGCCGUCCCUCUUUACUCUGUAGCAACCUUCCAGAAUACACCAUCCACACCUUCAGGAACACCAAAGGCGAACGAUAGCCGUGGCCGUGCAGGUCCUAGAUAUCCCAACUCACCACAUACAUCAUCCGAUUGGAACGAAUCUCCCAGUAAUACAUGGACGAGCCGUGAGCGAAUCAAGGCUGCAACAUGCCUUGCUCUAAGCCGAGAUGGAAAAUACCUAGCUGUUGGCGAGACAGGCUAUUCACCCCGGGUUCUGAUCUUUAACCUGCACGACACCUCUUCCGACAGCCCUUUGGUAUCAAUUAGCGAGCAUGCCUUUGGGGUCAAUUGCGUUGCUUGGUCUGCAGACACACAGUAUCUUGCAUCUCUUGGAGCUGCCAAUGACGGAUUUCUCUUCAUCUGGAAAGUCGACCCACGGACAGGUGCGGCGAAGCUCUUCAAACAGAACCGAUGCACUUCCUAUGUCAAAGACAUGGUCUGGAUAGGCAAUUCUCUUGUCACAUUUGGAGUUCGACAUGUCAAGAUGUGGAAACCGGAAGAUGGACCUGCUGUUUCGCCCACGAAACAAAAAUUCUUCAGCGAGCAGCCGGCAUCUACACCACCCUCUCAAAGGACUUUGCCAGGGCGUAACAUCCUGCUUGGUUCGCUUUUGGAGGAAACCUUUACUUGCGCUGCUGUUGUCAAGAAUUCCAGUCUCAUCAUUUGCUCAGAAACGGGCAAUGUGUGUAUUCUUGAGGACGAUGACAAACAGAUGAAGUUGCAAAAGGUUCUUAACCUGGACUUUUCUAUCUCGACGAUUGCCGUUAAAGAUAACGUUGCUUAUGUUGGCGGCAGUCAUGGCCAUUUCGCCAUUUUAGACGUUGAAGCGGUGUUGGAUGCCCAACCAGCAUCGGCAUGCGUUAAAGAUACAACAUUCGCAUCUGAGGGGCAUCUUGCUGUGGGCUUUCUGGCAGACAACCUUGUCACCAUUGACUCAAAGCAGUCCAUUGAUAUCUGGAGCUCUGACCAUGUGCCUGGCAAGGAUAGUAAGGCCAUGGCUAGCAUUCCUAUUCCCGGGCACGGACAGUCCGUGACAGGCAUCCAGGUUCUACAGCGGCCCAACGAUUUGGACGCCUCGUUUCUAACAUGGACCGUCGGCGGCAACGUCACAUUUUGGACGCUAGAAGGUCAGGUCAAGGCCUCAAUUGAUGUGCCUAUCGGUAUGACCGAACCUGAAAAUGAGAUGGACCCGGCGAACCAGCUGACUUGCGCCCGUACCACAAAUGACGGCAAACUGCUUAUCUCUGCCGAUCGGAUGGGUGUUUUGCGAAUGACUGAUAUAGCAACCAAGGAGCCUGUCUUGGAUAUCAAAGCUCACACAGCUGACUGCCGUUCCGUAAGCGUCUACGACAAUAAUGGCAAAUUUCUGAUGGCGUCGUGCGGGCGAGAUCGAACUGCACAGCUGUUCCAUCGAACCGCCGAUGGCUCCAUUGAACACUUCCAGACACUGGAGUUUGCGGCGAAGGUGGUUCAGGUCAUGGUCCCGUCCGAGGACAAGGUAUUGACUUGCUCCUUCGACCGAACUCUGCAGAUUUACGACAUCAUUACUAAAGAGGGUGACCCGGAUUCUAUUGCUGCUAUCCCCUCAAGAGUUAUCUCUUUAAAAGCUUCGCCUAGCUCGAUGACUUUGGGUAUGGGCCAGAGAACUGUAUUUGUUUCUCUACUAGAUCGAACAAUUUGCCAGUACGAUCUCAACACAGGACGCAAAAUAUCCUGCUUCAAAUGUCAAGACGAGAACAGAGGCGAAUCUGCUGUUUUGGACUCCUUGUGCUUUGGACAAUGGCCCCCGAAAGAUCAGGACUUCCUCCUUGGAACUUCCAACACAGAUAAGUCUAUCAGAUUAUACGACGCCCAAACGGGCAGCUUCUUGGACCGUGAAUGGGGCCACACAGAAGCCAUCAAUGGCGUGUGCCUCGUUGAGAAUGACGAUGGAAGCCGCAAGGUUGUGAGUGUUGCAUCAGAUGGAACGAUGAUGAUCUGGUGUUUGGAUCUUGAUGAUCCUGUGCCUGGCACAACGAGCAGAGAGCCAUCACCUGCUAAGGAUUCAGUCUCAGCACGACCACCACUUCGCAGGGUGCUUUCGAAAGCUGAACUCGCUGAAUUCCAACGGCCUUCGCCAUCAUCUGGACGAAAGUCCCCAGCAUCAGGUCGGAAGUCGCCUCCACGAACCCUUCAACGGCGAACUUCACGAUUCAAUCUGGCUGCUAGUGUCAGAACACCAACACAAGCACCACCAAUCAGCCCCAGUAGUACAGUGGCGGAUGAUACACCGUCACGACGACCUUCGGGCGACACACGGUCUAGUCCCCCGGUAUCUCCGAAAGCGAAAUCUAUGAGACGACCUUCUACUUCUAUGGGCACCCGCAAGAAGACCUCGUCGUCGAACUUGCGUGGUUUCGGCUCGGUCAACAUGGCGACAGAACAGACCUGUCGUCAACUCAGGUCAUUCAGGAAAAAGCUGGCCUCUUCAGAACCCAUUAGCCAAGACAACCUGACUGAACUGGACCAAGAGCUGCGGUUGACAGCAGCAGCUCUCGGCGAUCGGGCUAUUCGAAGCAGGGCAAUGAAUGAGACGGUUCUUAGCGGCCUUUUAGAUCAGUACUCAGAGAGACUGAUCACAUUACUAGACGAAAAGUUACGUCUGAACUACCAACCAAGGUCUCCAACUGAAAAGGAUGGAGACAGUCAGGACGAUGAGACUCAGGGCAGCGUGGAUGGGUCCUCAAGUUCGCUCUCAUCGUAA